AUGGACGAGAAGUUAUCAAGUCCCAACACUCUGGUGGAAUCGCCAUACUUACGUUCACUUCUGGCAGGCGCCGUAGCAGGCACCACAGUCGACACCUCCCUCUUCCCCCUGGACACGCUCAAAACCCGCCUCCAAUCCUCCACCGGCUUCUGGGCCUCCGGCGGUUUUCGCGGCAUCUACGAUGGCAUUGGAUCGGCGGUAGUAGGGUCCGCGCCGGGGGCGGCCUUGUUCUUCGUGACCUACGAAGCGAGUAAGAGAUUUUUCGCUCCAUAUACAAAAGGCAGCAGCUAUGGCGAGGCGGGCGGGCAUAUGGCUGCCGCGAGCUUGGGGGAGAUCGCGGCUUGCGCUGUGCGAGUGCCGACGGAGGUGGUGAAGCAACGGGCACAGGCGAAACAGCAUCCUAGCUCGUUGAGUGCGUUGACUUUUAUUCUGAAUCAACGGCAGACUCAUGGGUUCGCUCAUGUAUGGCGAGAGCUGUACAGAGGUUGGGGGAUCACGGUGCUGCGAGAGGUGCCGUUCACCAUUAUACAAUUCCCGCUCUGGGAGGGCUUGAAGAAGUGGUCACUACAACAACGCCAGCCGCCUCGACCCGCAGAAGUGACUGCGGCGGAGAGUGCCUUAUACGGAGCUGCGUCUGGAGCUAUUGCGGCGGGCCUCACGACACCGCUGGAUGUCUUGAAGACCAGGAUGAUGUUGGCCACCACUCGCCAGAAUGUCUUUGCCUUGACAAGCAAGAUCUGGCGCGAGGAAGGGGGAAGAGUCUUCCUCAGUGGGAUUGGACCCAGGACGAUGUGGAUCAGUAUUGGCGGUGCGGUCUUUUUGGGCAGUUACCAGUGGGCCAGUAAUAUGCUGGGCAGUCGAUGA